AAUCUUCACAAGAUUCACAAAUCUUAUCAAAUCUAUAUUAAAUCUAUACAAAAGAUUUAGAAGAUCUCUACAAUCUAUAUAUAUCCUUGCCUAUACCUGAUUUUAUCAAUAUACACACACAAAACAAAAUCCACUACUGCACCUCCUAAUUUCCCCCAUCUCCCUCUCGAGAUCCUCCUGAUACCCACAAAUCCAACAUCACAUAUGAGCAUUAUCUCUCUCAAAUACAUUCAACAUCAAAGCCAAACAUCCAAUUGUCUCCUCCUCUCCCACUCGACAACACCCACCCCCUUCUCUCGAUGACUGGCCAACGAGCCGGCUGCCGGAGCAACACCGGCCGCACUCACCACAGUAGCCCCCCCUCUUCCUUCAAUAACACCCGUAACCACCUCCCUUCGAGACCGAUGAAUGACCGACCACCAUCACCACAAUCUGUGUCGGCGAGAGAGAGAGACGACGGGAUGGAAAGAUCGAGAGGAGAAAGAGAUUGACGGCGACAAACCGCCGUCAGUGGCGGAGCCGCAACGGUGGUGGAGCGGCGACGGCGGCGGUGUAUGUUUUUGUUCAGUUCCGGUAUCUUCAAGUUUAGGUUCAAGUUAGAUGUCGGUUCAGGUGCGGUUCGGUUCACCUCAGAAUUCAGUUCAGGAUCUCGGGUCUUUUGGUUCAUGGUUCGGGUCAGUAUCGGCACGGUACAGGUGAACUCGGUUCAGUUUAGAUUUGACGGUGGUUCGGGGCGACGCUGGCAACGGCUGAACACGGCGGCAGUACCGCUGCUUACAGUGACGGUGGUAUGUUCUCUCGACAAAAUCUCCGUUAAGGACUUUCGGGUUUUCGGGUUAAACCCGGUUGACUCAGUCAACACCCGAGUCAACUCGGGUCAACAGCAGGUCGAACGUGGUCAAGGGCAGUCAACGAGUCGGUUCGGGUCAGUGGUUUCGGGUUAGAUUAUGAAGCAGAACAAAAUGAUGCUAAACUGGUCAAGCCUGAAGAAAAACUUCAGAAAAAGAGAAAAAGAGAAGAUAACUUCAGAAAAAGAGAAGAUGUAUAAGUGCAACCUGAAGAGAAGAUAACUUCAGAAAAAGAGGAGGCCAAUAAUGAUUUUGCUGCAUUUAUGACCGAUUUGAGCAAAGCUACCGGUGAUGUAAAUUCAAAACCAGUAAGUUCUACCUACAUAAGUUUCAGUGAAUUAAGAGGUACAGUCGACAUGUAGUCCACAUACAACCAAAGUCUUAUAAAUGAACUAAAUGGUUUAAAAGAAUCAAACUUUUUCAUAAAGAAAAAAGAGUCUCUAAUACCUAAAUAAAAUUAAAUCAUGUGAACUUGAAGUUAGAACUUUAACUAAUAAACUAAAUAAAUAGCUUCAGGUAAUAGAUUUAUCGAAUGAGACCAUGAGAGAUAAAAUAAAAGAACUUUCUGACAAGUGCAAAGAGUUAUAUGAUGUACAAGUUCAGAUUGUUAAACUUCAAAGAAAAAAUAGAUAAAUUUAGAAACACAUCUUUUGUAAUGAAUGAAAAAAAAAAACAUUUAUGCUCUUUAGAGACGACAUCGUCUCUAUAGAUUUUUCUUUAAAAAACAUUUAUGUUCUAUGGAGACGACAUGUCGUCUCUAUAGAUUUUUCUUUAAAAAAAACAUUUAUGCCCUAUAGAGACCACAAGUCUUCUCUAUACGUUUUUCUUUUAAAAAAAAUAAAAAAUUAAAAAAACUAUUAUCUAGAUAUUGAAACCAAAUAAUUCGCACAAUACAACAUCUACAAAAACAUACAUUAGAAUCUUUGAAGUUGGAAAAAACAAAGCCCACUUGUACAGGUUACAAAUCAUUUGGGAACUUAUACAUAUUCCCUAUUUGAACAAUUUACAAAGAUACAUUAUAACCUUCCAAGUUAAUUUAGUCAUUUCUAAUAUAAAAGGAGAUACAAACUCACAUGCCAGCCAAUGCCUCAACAGAGUAGCACGUAAGUAGGCAGUGGUGUUGCAAUCAACAACCGAGAUGCAACGGUAUAUGCACCAGUUCUGUUACUAUACGGUUUGUUCUUCAUUAUUAUUCUACUGAGCAUCAACCUGAUACAUAACCUGAUUCAAAAGUUAAAUAUGUGUGGCUAAUAUUAUAAUUCUAGUGAGCAUCAAUUGAUAGUGCAAAAAGUGAAAUCACCAACCUUUUUAAAGUAAGGUAUAUAGUACAAAGUUGCAGGAGAGAAUUCAUAAUCAUAAUGCCUUGAUUUUGAGGACCAACAUAACGGGUUUCCUUUAUUGUACCAUUAUCUUUAAAUAUACAUGUCUCAUGCAUAAGAUAACCUUUGUGAGGGUCAAGGAGCUCAUUAAGUAGCAUAAACGAGGUAAUACCUAUUAGAAUUAAUAAACUCGAUUAUAUCAUAUUUAGUACAUUAUUAUGUAACUGUGUAAUUAAUUAUCUUAUUAUGUGUGUAUUUACCGAAUAUUAUCGAAGGGGUAUGUGUCUCAAGAGGCACCGGUUUGAAUGACAGUUAUUGGCGCCAAAAGUAACUGCCAAAAUAACCACCCUUUCAUUAUGUAUAUAAACAAUAUUACCGGUAUGUUAACCGGUACCAAGAUAUUAACUAUAAUAUCCUUUCUUUCGUUUUUUCGGUUUUCUAGUGUUGUGUAUUAUCCGACUGAUUCACCAUGAAAUCCAAACAUGUUUGUGAUGAAUCAAGUUCUGGUUAUGAUGAUGAUGUGCAUGAUAAACUUCCGCUGCCAACAAGUGGUAUCAGAGCCACAUCAGAUUAUAAAGGAGACAAAGCCUACACGUCUGCAUCGGUGCUUCCAUGUAAGCAUUGUUCUGAUGAACAAAGAGAAAGAACAAUGGCCAAGGUCAUAUAGAAACGGUGUUACUACUGCAAUAUGCCAGGACACCAAAUAGCAUUCUGCAAAGAAAAAGAAAGCGAUGAAACAUCUCUGUUGAUCAAGCAAGCCAUAGAAACCGGUACACAAAUUCAAGAAGAAGACAACGUUAGAGACUCAGAAUUUAUCAUUAGUGGUACCGACGGUGGUCUUUGGCCAGAAAUAUGGUAUGUGAGUACAAAACUCAAACGUCAUUUUUCCGGCAAUUUAGAUUCUUUCAAAAGAAUUAAAAACAUUUAUGGUGUUGAGACAAACACCGGGGAAAAUCAAUUUUUCUUUAUACGGGGCAUAGGGGCUGUGGAUGUUAUAUCCGGGAGUGAAAAAAUUCGAAUCCAAAGUGUGUAUUACACACCGGAAUUGGAUAGAAAUAUCCUCAGCCUUGAUCAACUCAUAAUACAGGGCAUCACAGUCAAGUUUAACGGUGAAAAAUGUAAACUGUUUCCUAUGUUUAGCGCACCACUUCUGAAUAAGAAAAACAUUUUAACGGGAUUAACAAGGGAGGAUGAAAUUGGUGCAAAAGAAAAACAGUUUAUAAUUGAAAACGAAUCCUAUCAUGAAACAUUCAAGUCCAAUUACUUGAAUGAUUAUUUCGAAAGGUUAAACUUAUCUUCCAAUGAACCUGAUUGGAAUGUGAUGAUUCUGCAAUUCAUGAAAUUCAAUGAAUUUCAAGAUUGCAAGGCCUUGUUAGAUAUGUUAGAUGAUGGUGAAUAUGUAAUGAAGUAUAAGUAUGAAAUAGAAGGGAAAUUCGAAGAAAUGAUCGACUGGUUUUUACGAGUAAAAAUGGGAAUUAAUUCAAGACCGAUGCCAGUUUACAUGAGUAAUAACAAGAGGGUGAAUAUGCUGGAACUAUCUAUGAUAGUCAAAAGGGAAGGUGGUCAUCGUACUUUAACUUCAAAUAACUUAUGGGCAAUGGUCUCUAAAGAUAUGGGUCAUGAUUAUGAAGAUGGAGAGUACAUGAGGAUAGUUUAUGCCAUGUACCUGGAUGUUCUUAUAUACUAUUAUAAGUUCAAAUCAACUCAAGACAAUGUAAGAAGUGAACAAACUCAAGGAGCAGCAAGACAUGGCCGGAAAUGGAGGAAGAAGAACGGUAAGCACUGGAGGUAUACCGGAUGAUGAUAGGGAACACUAUGCUCUUUUCGCUGGGAAUGAUUGGAGAGGAAUGAAAAAGGCACAGAAGCAGCGAAGAUUUGAUUUCCGACAAGCUGAAAAGGCUGUGAACGAGGCCAACCGAAGCGUUUUAAUGAAUUCCCAUGGAUAUAAUCCAGUUUAAGGGGGCGUAUUAGAAUUAAUAAACUCGAUUAUAUCAUAUUUAGUACAUUAUUAUGUAACUGUGUAAUUAAUUAUCUUAUUAUGUGUGUAUUUACCGAAUAGAAUAUUAUCGAAGGGGUAUGUGUCUCAAGAGGCACCGGUUUGAAUGACAGUUAUUGGCGCCAAAAGUAACCGCCAAAAUAACCACCCUUUCAUUAUGUAUAUAAACAAUAUUACUGGUAUGUUAACCGGUACCAAGAUAUUAACUAUAAUAUCCUUUCUUUCGUUUUUCGGUUUUCUAGUGUUGUGUAUUAUCCGAUUGAUUCACCAUGAAAUCCAAACAUGUUUGUGAUGAAUCAAGUUCUGGUUAUGAUGAUGAUGUGCAUGAUAAACUUCCGCUGCCAACAAUACCGCAAUAACUUUAUGAUGUGUAUCUGCAGGGUAAAAUGUGGAAAUUAUAACACUAGUAUUUUCUUUUUCUUGUUAAUGUGAGAUAAAUAGAUAACUAAGGCCACCCACUAGAACUAAAAGUUAUUGUAUAAAGUUUAUGCGGAAGAUCCGAUGUGAAAUUUUAACCACAUUAAUGAAAGCAUUCAAGCACAAACAUAAGAGCAUGAUCAGAGAGUAUGGAUGAAUGCUGAUUGUUUUCAACACAUCUACUAAAGAGGCGAAAAAUUUACUAAGUUAUCGGGUUAUGCGUCAUACCCGGAUCCCCGACCUGAACCUCAUCACAUUUCUUUAAGCUCAAACAGAACAUGUUGGUAAAGAGGGCUGACCUGAACUUCGCAUGUGCUUCGUUUGUCGCCUGAACUCGCAACCCAGGCUCACUGGAGGUGUGUAUCUAACCAUGGUUGUCUUUAUUUUAACUGAAAAACUGGCAUUCAAGCAUGGGGGUGCUCAUCGGAACGCUAAUCCCCACUGUCCUCGCCGCCGCAUUGGAGCAAAUCCCCUUCGCCACUGUCGUCAGGUCUCACACUCGUAUACCAUCGUGACACCUCCGCAUCUUGUAUACAUUCCGGUAACCCUAAUCGUCGUACCAUACUUCUCAAACUGCCUGUUGUUUUUUUAUUCGCCAUUCAGGUCUGCGACUCCCUCUCUAUCGUCACUGCAGUACUGCAAAAAAAAAAAAAAAAAAAAAGAAAAAAAA